UAUUUGUAUUGGCAUUAUUGCACUGGUACUUCUACUCAUUUAAAAGAUCUGAAUAGCAAUGCCACCAUUGUGCUUUGAACUACAAGUGAAUGUCAUUGUUAACUGAGAGGUGUGAAAAGGAGAGUUCACUCGGCCCCUUUUUCCUGAAACAUGUUUCAUGGCACACAAUAGCCUUCUCAGAUAUUAGUAGUAGUGGUUACGUGAAACCGGUCAGCAGGGCAAGAAAACAUGGAAAGGUUUCAUCCAGAAUAGUCCAUCUUGACUCGCACUGCACAUAGACGAUCUUCGGUAUGUUUCCCCUGCAGCGUCACUUGAUCCCUUAGCAACCAGCAGACGUCGGAAUCAACGCAAGAAGACGAGCGAGUGGUACAGUAUUAGUAAAUAUUAACGUAACUUAAAGCGCACCGGAAAAGCACCGCUAUAGCCUGAAGCUUCAGCUGUUCCCAUGUCAGCUCGGACGCAGAGGCUCGCUCAGCCCAAACCCAACAGACUCAGAUAUCCAGACCGUCGCACUGUUUACUGGCUGGAUGAGCUGCCACCAGAGAAAACUGGACCCACCACCAAAACUGAGUUAACCCCUCGCUGGGCGGAGCUAUGUAGAAGUAAAAAGUUCCACACUCAAGUCACACGUUCUCCCAUAUGGGAGGUGAGUGAAGGUGCUCUCAGGGCUGUUGCAUCCAGUAGGCUGUGUAGUCUGUCUCAACCUCGGGCCCCUGCAGCUGGCUGGAAGCCCGACCGCCUGCCGUUGACCACUUUGAACAGGGCGACUCAGACGGCAGUCGCCACUUCACGCAUUUGCCAACUAGCCCAGCCAAAAAGAAGCCUACUUCUCGAGGGCUCUGGUCACAAAUUCAAACCAGUAGCCAAGACCCACGUUCCCUGCAAAGCAUCAGCUCACAUAGAGCUACUUGCUACCCCUAAGCAUGACCAUCCCAAGUUCGAAGGAGAGCGCUCAGUCUGCUGGCUCGUCUCAGGAGCAGCGAGAAACUACGUAGCCAACAAGAGACUUCUUGAGCUGUCCAUUCCCAAAGAGAGGAAGGCUCUCUUUGAGGGAUAUGACCCAUACAUAGUUAGCCGGGCAGCCCGCUCUGCUAGCCCCUCGCCUCGGAUACGACAGCUCUGCCUGCCUCUGCCUCACAAAUGUAGCUCAAACUAGGAGGGAGGAGGCCUGAUCCCUGGAGAUUUGUCGAUUGUUCUCUCUUUCCUCAGUAUGGUAAAAUCCUUUUUUGCGGAAAUUCAUGGUCAGGUUCUAUUGUCUGCACAACAGCACAGUAGCAGCCUACUGUGUGUGACCCUGUUCACUCGUCACCCUGGAUUCACUGGAACCACUGAAAAACUACAAUUUCUACUUCUCCCGCUCCACCAAAGAACGACCCCUCAGCUCUCCAGUGUACUUUUCAAACAAUGACUUGUCCGGACUUUUUCAGGAUGACGCUGAUGUGUGGUUGAGGUAUGAAAUUGGUUAGAGUAACAAUGGUUUUGGGGAUCAACAUCGAAAAUCUAAUGAAUACCGUAACUUGCCUGUGUGUUUGUGUGUGUGUGUGUGUGUAGUGCAUUUUUAAUUGCUGCUGUUGUGCUCAUGUGCGCCAUUACUCGAUUAUAAAACAAGACGACUUAGGGAAUGCCAUAGUUAGACCACGAAAUAAAGAAAAGGUCAGGGAGAUAUUAUCACUGCAGCUGAAAUUGCUUUGAGACAUCCUGCAGCACCAAUCUGUCACUUCUUCAUUGUGCUCAUAGUUAUUGUUAACAAAGGAGGCAGUGAGUCAGCUCUGCUGUGAAAUGGGAAAUAUGCAUUUCAAACGGCUACAUGAACUAUUAUUUGCACAGAGAAAAACACAAGACAAUUAAGUCUGUUUAGACCGACCAUCAUUUGAAACUUUGAAUGAGCUAUCAGCCCACUAAAAAGGGGAGAAAGUGAAACGUAUUCAGCUCGAUUUCAUGUGUUGAAUGAAAGUGGAAUCAAACCUCUGUGGAAAACCUCCCAUGAUCCUCCAGGGAACUCUCAAUGCCAGUUUUGGAGCUUGAUAUUACCAUUUUUUAUUUCCUAGGAUGGUGAAGUCAUGACCCACCUGCUCCGCCUCUGAUUGGCUAGUACUUUCAUUGUUUAGGUCGUUUAAGUUUCGCUAUGAAGACAAUCAUGUUCAGCACGAACAGGAAGAAAGUUGAACUUCCAAAUAUGCUUGUGGGCUGGAUAGGUCACACCGGGGGACCAAAACCACAUGUUGGUGUUCAUAAAUAUCAAAGCUGAGGAUUACAAGUGGUGCCUAUACUUAUGAAAACAAUAAUAAUAAUAAUUAUAAUAAUAAUAAGAAGAAAUGAGAACACGAGGCUCCAUAACUUUUGCAAAUUUUUAUUGCGCUCAUGUGUCUACCUUUCACAAUAAAAACCCUGGACAUACGUGUGCACUGCUUCUCUUUCUAUUUUUUUUUUUAUUUGCU